AUUUUCCAAACGCAGGGUCACUUUUCCACUACAUCGCUAUAGAAUUUUCUCUAAAUGCCUUACUAUACGUCAUUCCCAAACAUUCUAGGAAUUUAUGAAAACGUGAAAAUGGCCAUAUAAAUGCUCGCUUGUCAGAAAAUAUGAGGCGCCUGGAAUCCAAAUUGAUGCGUUUGAGUUCAAGGAAGUUAAAACGAUUUAAACGCCGUCUGACGAAGAAGUAUCACAUCGAUGUGAGGAGGAUGGAAGUGAAAGCCAUUGUGUCAGUUAUGACAGACACACAUAGAGGAGGUGCUCGUGACGUUGUGUCCUCAAUUCUAAAACACGUCAAAGGUCGGCGUAAACGGAGACACAGACGGCAGGCCAAUGAGAACGAUGGGAGUUCGACCUCAACUGCCAUUAACGAGGAGGUGGAUGACCAACGGACCUUAACAGGCUGACAGGCGUGGACCCUGGACUGGAGAUGGUUGACCAGAUGACACAACCAAGACUGGUGCCACUGAAUGACCAGAGCAAGAAGAAAGAAAGUCAAAUUCAACACCAUUCGACUCAAAGGCGGGAUCAAAUCAGCCCUUAAGAAGAAGUCCAGGAGCAUACUAGAGGGUUUGGCACAAAGUAAAUCAGCCCUUAAGAAGAAGUCCAGGAGCAUACUAGAGGGUUUGGCACAAAGUAAAUCAGCCCUUAAGAAGAAGUCCAGGAGCAUACUAGAGGGUUUGGCACAAAGUAAAUCAGCCCUUAAGAAGGUCUACACUGAGACUUAUAUGGUCGCUUGUGAUUCUGCCACCGUCAAUAAAGAACAUGAGGUGUGGCAAGCUGAAACCGCACAUCUCCAAGACACCUCGGGGGCCUCCAUCAUAAAAUGUCAAGAUAUCUUCAAGCAUGACGAAGAAGAAGAACCCAUCAGAUGUGUGGUGACAAAGGGAGUAGCUGGCAUUGGGAAAACUGUGGCAGUCCAGAAAUUCAUCCUGGACUGGGCAAAUGGGAUAGAGAAUCAAAAUCUAGACCUUUUAAUUCUCCUUUCUUUACGGGAUCUAAAUUUGAUUAAACAUCGGCAAUGCAGCCUGCAUGGACUUCUUCAGGGGUUAUACCCUGAACUUAAGGACAUAGACAUAAAGAUGUAUUUUGACCAUAAGAUUUUGUUCAUUAUUGAUGGCCUGGAUGAGAUCCAACUGCCACUGGAGUUUCAAAAAAACAUUCCUAUAUCUGAUGUGUCAGAGUCUGCUACCCUGGACGGUAUACUUACAAACCUCAUCACUGGCCGUCUUCUCCCUAAUGCUCUCCUCUGGAUAACCUCUCGUCCAGUAGCUGCCAAUCGGAUCCCUCCAGAGAGUCGUGAUCGAGUGACCGAGAUCAGAGGGUUCGGUGAUUCACAAAAGGAUGUGUACUUCAUAAAGGGAAAUCAGUGAUCCGUUGAUGGCCAGUAGUAUCAUCUCAGACCUUAAAUCAACCCAGAGCCUCUACAUCAUGUGCCAUGUACCGUUGUUCUGCUGGAUAGCAGCAACUGUUUUUCAGGAUAUCCUGGGUAAAGUCGGCCUAAAGUCUAGAUCUUUACCUACAACCCUUACUGAAUUGUACAUCCAUUAC